AUGGGGCCGCCUACCCGUACCAGAUAUAACGCCAAAGCUCGACAAAAUUCGAAAAAUACAGCCAAGCGUCGAAAGUCGCAGCCAGAAACCGAAUCAGACCCCAAUGCUGCUAUACUGGCACCCAAAACGGCCGAGGAGCGAGAACGAGAGCAGAAGGAAAAGUUGAAGCAAGCGCUAAUAGCUGAGUCAGAAUCGACUUGGAACAGCAAGAAGAAACGUAGGCUUGAAAAGUACAUUGACAAGAAAUUGAAAAAGGAGGAGCGGGUCCAUAUAUUUGAGAAGCUAACAAAGAGUCAAGCAGAAUUGCCGUCGAGCCUCGCGUUACACACUUCGUCAACCUUGGGCACUGGAAAGCCAACUACUCAUCAAGAGCGUUUAGAACGAUCAGAGGACAAACAAGUUAGACAGAUUGUAGACGGCAAGGUUGGAUCGCGAAAACGUCCUCUUGACCGGUAUGAACAUUUCUCUGCGGGUUCUUCAGACGAGGAGGAGGAGGAGGAGGAGGAGGAGGAGGAGGAGGAGGGAAAAGAACAUGAGAGAAAAACGGUCAUAAACGAUCCUCCUUCUGUAGGCAGUGCAUUGCUACAAAGUGGUAAAGAUCGACCAUCCUCUCCUCGCAGGAAGGCCAAACCGUCGACAUACAAGUCGUGGACAGGGAUGCCGACGCGCAAAUGUCAGGCCAACUCUGACUCGGACACGUCCUUCGAUAGCUCUGAUUCUGAAAACGAUUCUUCCUCUUCGGGCAGUGAGGAGAGUAAGGAUUCCAACAACAGCGAAGUGGAGGAGCCUCCUAAGGCAAAAGGGCGCUCUCUUGGAUUUAAGCAGUGGGCAAUGAAGCAGAUAGAGACUGCCAAGGGUUACGAAACGCCAAAGCCUACAAUCUCAGAUCCACCGCUGACCUCCGAGGAUUUCAUCGCUCCCCCGCCAGCCAAGAAACGAAAGGUCGAACGGCCAGAAGGAAAGCAUGGUCCUCUUGGAGAAUCGUAUCAACUCCCUAGCACCUCCUUCGCUUCCCGUGUAAACUCGCUGAAGAGCCAGACUCGAAUCAAAGACAUCACCAUCCAAAGACCCUCGGAAGUCCAAGAAUCUCGCCUCCUUCUACCAAUAGUAGCGGAGGAACAACCCAUCAUGGAAGCCAUUCUCUUGAAUCCCGUCGUCAUCAUUUGUGGCGAAACAGGUAGUGGAAAAACAACGCAGGUCCCUCAGUUUCUGUAUGAAGCUGGGUUCGGGACGCCUGGGAGCGAUAACCCCGGUAUGAUUGGGGUCACGCAACCUCGUCGAGUCGCUGCUAUGUCCAUGGCUUCACGCGUCGCCCACGAACUUUCCUUGACAUCCUCGAAGGUCUCUUACCAGAUACGAUAUGACGGAACGGUCUCUCCGGAUACAUCAAUCAAAUUCAUGACAGAUGGUGUCUUGCUACGUGAACUGGCUACCGACUUCCUCUUGACAAAGUAUUCUGUAAUCAUCAUCGACGAGGCUCACGAGCGGAGUAUAAACACGGACAUUUUGAUCGGUGUGUUAAGCCGAGUCUUGAAACUACGAGAAGACAUGUGGAAAGAUGGGAAAGAUGGUGCGAAGCCUCUGCGCUUGGUUAUCAUGUCCGCAACACUGAGGGUCAGCGAUUUCGCGGAAAACAAGGCGUUGUUUCCCUCGCCCCCGCCCAUCAUCAAUGUUGCGGCCCGUCAACAUCCUGUCACCAUCCACUUCAGCAGACGUACAUCGUCGGACUACGUGAACGAAGCCAUUCGCAAAGUCGGUAAGAUCCACACUAGGUUACCACCAGGAGGAAUUCUUGUAUUCUUGACCGGCCAGAAUGAGAUCAAUGGCGUGUGCAGGCGCCUGGAGGGAAUGUUUGGGAAGAGGGCUCUUUCCAACCGUAAUUUCAAGCCGGCGGUCAUAUCUCCUACGGAUACGAUCUCGCAUAUAGCACUUAAUCAGGGUAGGGUGUUUAUCAACCAACCUCAGCCACAUUUUGAUCUGUUUGCAGCUGACGUCGAGGCAGAAGAAAUGGAAUUGGGCUUCGAUGCACUUGAAGUAAUUCCUAGUGGCGAUGAAGGCGGCGCCUUCGAUGUUGAUGACUUAGAGAGUGACGAUGAUGAGAGAGCGUUAGACGAGGAACUGGGUCUCAGUGCCGCCGAGGCCGAAUCUUUCAUGUAUAUUGUCCCCCUUUACUCGCUGCUUCCAAGUGACAAACAGAUGAAGGUCUUUGAAACACCGCCACCAAACUCUCGUCUUGUUGUUGUAUCAACGAACGUAGCGGAGACAUCGUUGACGAUACCAGGAAUACGCUACGUCGUUGAUUGUGGGAGAGCGAAAGAACGGCGCUAUGAUAUAUCGAGCGGAAUACAGUCCUUCCAAGUUACGUGGGUUUCCAAAGCAUCUGCCGCUCAGCGUGCUGGCCGAGCCGGUCGCACUGGACCGGGUCACUGUUAUCGCCUGUACUCCUCCGCCCUUUUUGAACACCACUUCGACAAAUUUACCCAACCUGAGAUCCUUCGUACCCCCAUCGAAGGAAUCGUUCUCCAGAUGAAAAGCAUGCAUAUUGAUGUAGUCGCUAAUUUCCCUUUCCCGACGUCCCCUGAUCGCAAUAUGCUGGGAAAAGCGGAGAAACUCCUGAUAAUGUUGGGUGCCUUAUGUUCACCUACUGCAGGACUUGUGGCGGGUGCGGGCGCGGGUGCGGGCGCGGGUGCGGUGGACGGGGGGAUCACAGCGUUGGGGAAAUCCAUGGCCUUAUUCCCGUUGCACCCACGUUUCUCCCGGAUGCUGGUUAGUGGUCAGCAACACGGUUGCCUCCCGUAUGUUAUCGCGGUGGUGGCUGCGUUGGCAGUCGGUGACCCGUUCAUUCACGAAGAAGGUUUAGCCACCGAUGAUGACGGAGACGAUUCGUCGUCAGAAGCUGUACGUGCAAGACGGAAAGCGUACUUCCAAACGAUGGCUACCCACUCGUCUCUUGGCAACUCGAUAAGCGAUGCGUUCAAAAUUCUUUCCGUUGUCGGUGCCUAUGAGUAUGCUGGAGGGGGCCACAAGUUCUGCGCCGACCAUUUUGUUCGGUUAAAGAUGAUGGAAGAAAUCCAUAAACUACGAUCGCAGAUUAGCAACAUUAUAGAGGCCAGUUUUCUCGGAACAUCUGCAAUGUUUACGCCUCAGCUCCCCCCUCCAAGCGAUCUACAGUUGAAGAGUUUGCGACAACUACUGACUGGCGCAUUCAUUGAUCAAGUUGCUAUCAGAAAGGACUUGGUAGACCAAAAUACUGAGUCUGGGACACAGUAUUCUAUGGCAAAGGGUAUACCAUAUCGCGCCAUAGGUAUCGACGAGGAUGUAUUCCUCCACCCUUCGUCGGUCCUUGCGAGCGCUUCGCCGCCUCAAUAUAUCAUAUAUACAGAGGUUGUCCGCACCUCGCGCGCGUGGCUCAAAGGCUUAACCAUGAUCAACCCUAGCUGGUUAUCUUCACUGGGCAAAUCGUUGUGUUCGUUCUCGAGACCAGCUCCUGACAGUAAUGGGCUCCUAGUCGCAAUCCCUUAUUUCGGACCACAUCGUUGGGAGCUCCCGCCUAUAAAAUAUACAGAAAAAUAA